AUGCAGCAGCCCUUGAAUUAUCCAUACCCCCCAGUCUUCUGGGUGGACAGCAGUGCCAGCUCCCCCUGGGCCUCUCCAGGGUCUGUCUUCCCCUGUCCGUCCUCAGCGCCAGGAAGGCCGGGGCAACGGAGGCCGCCCCCACCGCCACCCCCACCGCUGCCGCCACCCCUGCCUCCGCUACCGCCGCCGCCUCUGAAGAAGAGCAGGGACCACAACACAGGCCUGUGUCUCCUUGUGAUGUUCUUCAUGGUUCUGGUGGCCCUGGUUGGAAUGGGGCUGGGGAUAUUUCAGCUCUUCCAUCUACAGAAGGAGCUGGCAGAACUCAGAGAGUCCACCAGUCAAAGGCAUACAGCAUCAUCUUUGGAGAAGCAAAUAGGUCAUCCCAGUCCACCCUCUGAGAAAAAGGAACUGAAAAAAGCGGCUCAUUUAACAGGCAAGUCCAACUCAAGAUCCAUCCCUUUGGAAUGGGAAGACACCUAUGGGAUUGCCCUGGUCUCUGGGGUGAAGUACAAGAACGGCAGCCUCGUGAUCAAUGAAACUGGGCUGUAUUUUGUGUAUUCCAAAGUGUACUUCCGGAGUCAGUCCUGCACCAACCAGCCCCUGAGCCACAAGGUCUACUCCAGGAACUUUAGGUACCCCCAGGACAUGGUGCUGAUGGAGGGGAAGAUGAUGAACUACUGCACUACUGGCAAGAUGUGGGCCCGCAGCAGCUACCUGGGGGCUGUAUUCAAUCUCACCAGUGCUGACCAUUUAUAUGUCAAUGUCUCUGAACUCUCUCUGGUCAGCUUUGAGGAAUCUAAGACAUUUUUUGGCUUAUAUAAACUCUAA